AUGGCUGAUAAAUUUGUUAGACAAAAAUCAAAUAGAUGGGUAAAAGCUGAUAAACCAACAUAUGGAGAUUGGGGAGAUGAUGAUGAUGAUGAUGAUGAUGAAGAAGAAGAAGAUUGCAAUGCAAAUUAUAACAAUUAUGAUGAAAAUUACCGUGGGAAUAAUGAUUCCAAUAGUAUUAGAGAUAAUUUAAAUCAACUGUAUUCAACACAAAACAAUGAUACUCAUCAGCCAGUAGAGCAUUUUCAAAACUCAUCAAAUAAUGCUGAUACGCGUGGUGAUUCAAAUAAUGUUCAAAAUGAUCUUGUACUAUCUAUUGAUCAAAGAAAAAAUAUUAAUUAUGACACUUCAGAUGAUGAUGAGGAUAAAGAGAGGUCUCCCAGUAUUUUAAAAGAAGGUGAUACACCAGAAGCUGAGUCAAUAAAGAGUCAACCUUCAAAAUCAAUUCAAGUAUUAAAUUUAGCUCAUUCUCACACUCAAAAUUCAUUUGAUUUACAACCUCCUACACCUACAUAUAAUUCACAUCAAAGACAACGUAGUGUUUCAAGUGCUGAUCCACAAACUCCUUUAUCUGAAUCUAGUUUUCAAUCAGAUAGUUCCAUACAACAUGAACCUGAAUAUUUAAGUAUUAAAAAUACAAUCCCAUAUAUUCCAAAAGAAGAAAGUGAUAAUGUUCAUUCACCAAUUGAAGCUCAUGAACAACAAAAUUCAAAUUUGAUAUUAUCAAUAGAUGAUAAUCGAGAAAAAGAUGAUGAUUCUUCUGAAAAUGAUGAGUGGAAUGAUGCAUCAAAUACUAAAUCAGAACCAGAUAUUGAUUCCUUUUUAACUGAUUUAAAUACUAAAUUACCUUCAAUAGAUCAUGAUCUGACGUUAUCCGAUUUUGAAAAUUCAUCAUUUAGUAAAUACCACGAUGAAAAACAAGAAACUGACAAUGAUGAAAUUGCACCAUUAUCUAUUCAAAGGGAGAAUCAUAAUAAAUAUGUAAAUUCAAUAGCUAGUAGGAAACUGUCAGUUAGAAAACCUCCGACCACUAAAGCUGAUUCUGGUGAUUAUUCAAAUAUUGUAAGUGGGUAUGAAGAUGAUGAAAAUGAAGACAAUGAAAUUGGUGGAAUUGAAGAUAUGAAACCAGAUGAAAAUGAAAGUAAUGAUGCAAAAGAAAGUAAUAUAGGCACAAAUGAUCUACAUCCAGUAGCUUCUACUGGCUCAUUAUCAACAGGUAAUUUUUCAAUCGAAACAAAUCGAACUCAAACAUAUUCAAAACCUACAAUUCCAAAUGAAGAUGAUUCAAGAAGAGUUUCGCAAUCUACCAUUAAUUUUGGUAAUUGGAAACCAGAUACUGAUAUUUAUCGUAAUCAAUUUAUAAAUCAAAAUGAUGAUGUACUGACAAUAAACUUUGAUCCAUCUAAAACUUAUGAUAGUUUUACAAAUGCUCAAGAAUCAAUAGAAGAUGAUAAUUCAGAGCAAAUCUCUAACUCAAGUUCAUUAUCUGUACCAGAGACAAUUGAAGCAACAAUGCCAAGUAUAGAAGAAGAUUAUAGUGAUCAAGACGAGGAAAAUGAUCAUAAAUCAUUGAACCAUACAUUAAAUACUGGAUAUUCUUCUUUGUUGAAUGAUAAUCUGUAUUCUAAACCAGUAUUUCAUGAGGAGAAAUUAACUCCUGCAGCUUCAAAAGAAAAUUUACAACAUGAUAAAUCAAAUAUGCAAAAUCAAAGAUAUAGUAGUCUAUUAUCUCCAUCUGAAAAAGCUGAAAAUUUAAAUUCAAAUUCAAAAUCAGAGGCGGAUCAAGUUUCAACUCCACCGAAAACAAACAGGAAUGUAUCAAGUACAACUAUAACUACUGGCGAUUUCAAACCACAAAAGUAUCCGGUAAGUCAUUGGAAAAAAAUCAUGUCAAUAAGUCAACCAAUAGAUAGAAUUGAAGCUUAUAGAGAUGCUUUAUUUAAAGAAAUGGAAUAUGAUACAGGUUUACAAAAUUGGUUAUUACAUACUUUGAAACAAACUGAACUGAAUCAAAAUCAAAUUCACAUUGGUAGGAUUGCUUCUGCUGCUUAUCAAAAUGCCCCUCAUAAUGAUUUAAGAAGGCAUGCGUCUUUAAGGUCAAAAGUUAAUAUUGUUAAAGAUAAAGUUGAAGGUACAGGAUCUACUGCAUCCCAGUUUGGUAAAAAAUUAUUUAGUAGAAGCAAGAAAUUUAUUAGAUCUGAAAAGUAA